AUGUUGGAUGCCUUGGGGAGUGAAGGUGCGAUGUGGACCCAUGAGAUCUUAAAAAAGAUAUGGGAUGGAGAGAACAUCCCAGAAGAUUGGAGGACACGUAUACUAGUGCCAGUGUAUAAAAAGAAAGGCGAUGUAUUAAAAUGUGGGAACCACCGUAGUAUCAAGCUCUUGGAACACCUCUUGAAACUCCAAGAGAAACAUCUGGAAGGCGACAAGAACCUAUACCAUGCCUUUGUUGACUUAGAAAAGGCAUAUAAUAGGGUGCCCAGAGUGCUGGUCUACUGGUGUCUACGGAAGAAAGGAGUUCCAGAGUACCUCAUUAACAUCGUGAAGAAUACCUACGAGUGUGUAACCACAAUGGUCAGAACGCCACAGGGAACAUCGGAAGAAUUUGAAGUGAAAGUCGGCCUUCACCAAGGAUCAAGCCUGAGUCCACUCUUGUUCAUCAUAGUAAUCGACGUGCUGGUCGUGUGGUUUGUUGGUUUAGUACUGGUCCUCCGGUUCAUAUCAGGAUUCUACCUGACGAGCAUACCGAGGAAAGUCAACGUUUUGUCUUAUAGAGACAACAGGCAGCAUUUGCACAAUAUAUUCAAGACAAUAAGAUUCAAACAGUGA